CUUUUUUUUUUUUUUCUGUCUGACUUUAGUUUUACUUCUCUGCUUUCUGAUUUAACUAGUCAGAAGAUGUGUUAGUCCCAAGCCUCUUUGCCAGACUUUUCUUAUCCAGUAUUUGGGCAGUGUAAAGUCAAAUAAAAAACUAACUUUCUAGAAACUUAACGGACUUUAGUCUGUGGAAUUCGAGGAUCCUUUAAUGGUUGUCAAUAGAGACAUUAGAAAAUGUAAUGCUGAGGAAAGAAAGGUAAUUUGUUACAGACCAAAGUGAGAUAACUGAAGGUGGAAGUUCAUUAAAGAUUUAAGCGGGGUUAGUAUCAGGUUUUUAACUGAAAAAAGCUGCUCUGGAUCUCUGGCAACAACUGUCAUGGUUGAUACGAACUAUGCUACAUUUCAAUUUCCUAAUGUCAUCAUUUUCAAUUGAAAAUUCUACAUUUCCAUUUUGAAUUGCAGCAGUAUUUGUUACAUCAGAUCCCUCCCUGCCUAACACACUCAACUGCAAAAAAAAAAAAAAACCACCAAAAAAACCCCAUGUAAAUCUUAGUUAUUUGAGAAACAAUAAGAAAAAAUGAAAUUAGAAUUCAACACACUUAUAGAGAUAUAUUACUUACAUUGCCAAAACCAACUUUAAUUUUGAUAUUUUCUGACUUCUGAGUACUUAGGUUUUAUAAAACUGUUUUCCUUAAAAUAAACCAUUAUCUUAUUAUUAUAAUGCCAUGAACGAGAAGGCAUGAUGUAAAGAACAGAGGAAGAAUCUUGCUGACCCUCAUUUGGGUCCCCAGUUAUACAAGAGCUUGUGAACAGGGCAGUUCAUAGUGCAUUUGCAGUAAAUCCAGUCUCUUGUUUCAGUCACUUGUGCAAGGUCCAGGAGUCUGUAUCCGCCUGGGACAGUCAUGGGACAGAGGUAUGAUACCUUCUUCCAAAGUUUAAUGCCGUCUCCAAAGCAUUUUUUUUCUGUUCAGGUCAGCUAUCACUAACAAUUGCAAUAAAUACACGUUCUCCUCUGCUUUGGAAACAUGUGCUGCCUUUUCCAACAUGUUCUCACUGUGUUUGGCACUGUAGUCUUGAACCUUAUGGCUGAUGUCUUGAUAUUACGAGUGUAAAUAUUUCCACAUCCCUCAUGCCUUGAAAACAAAGCCUGUCCUAUUAAGUUUUUAAUUUGGCAAGGGACAAAAGUGCAACUGGAAUCAGCUGCUUACAAUUUUCCCCCUUUUAAGUACUUUCCUUCUCAUCUGUCUUAAACAAGAUCUGGAAAAAUAAACGUUGAAGGGCUGCAUAAAGCUCCCUGAAACCUUCUCUGCGCAUUAAUCACGCCAGCACUGAUUUAGUGGUGCUCUGCAGCUAUUUUGAGAAAAUCUAAAGUAGUGAUGAAGACUCUUGGGCUCCAGCCUAGGGGUCUAGGCACUGAGCACAGAACUGGCUCUGUGUUUUCGGGGGAGCCCCUGAUGCUUAGGGAUUUGCUGUGUGUUUGCCAGCCUGGCACGGCAUUUAAUACUCUGGCUGCUCCUUGGCUCCUGUUACAGUUCACAAGGAUGGGCAGCGCUGGAGGCAGGCUUGCCAGACUGCAAAGUGCUGCUGCUAGUCCCUGGGCAGGGGAGGCUGCAGCACUGGGCUUGGCAUUACUGCAGGAAUCCAACCUUUUGUACUUGUCCAAAAUCAAGGAACAGGUAACAUUUUUAAAACGUGUCAAUGGGCCAUAUUUUACUUUGGAAUGAAAAAAAAAAUCCCUCUCUAUGUUACUUAGUAGUUACAGAUAACCUUGAGGGUACCAAACUUAAUCUCCUGGACACUUGGAUAGUCUAGUGAGAAUCAUUAAGGAGAUCUUAGAAACUCAGGCCUGCUCUUCAAAGUACAGCUUGAUGCAAACAUUUCUACAGUUAGUUCAGUAAUAGUGGUGAGAGCGUUUAUGUUAAAAUAUAGUUUGGACCAGGAGUGUGCUUUGGGAAGGAAUCCCUUGACUGUCCCCACUGGGCACGCUUCAGACACCAAAUGGCCCUGGAGCUUCUACACAGGGUUCCCGUCUGAGAACGUGAAGCCAGAGGGUGCUGCCCAGGGCCCUGCAGUGCCUCAGCUGGUGAGGGGCACACAGCCCUUGAGUCCAACUCCUCUGAACUGAGACCCUCCAGACCAUGAGUCACAUGAAUGAAGCACCUCGCCCUCAGCUGCUUUGCUCUUCAGAGCCAUUUUUGCUCCACCUCAGCCCUUGCAGAGAUGGGCAUAGUGGAAUUCUCUGACCUUCAUCUGGUGGUUCCUCCGGCGCACGGCACUGGUCAGGCUUGUUUGGUCACUCCUGAAUAGGUGGAAUCCAGCCCGUUCCGCACAGGCCUCAGCCAGGACAACGAGGCCCGCCUCUGCCAACAGAGGGAACGACCCGUGGAGAAAAACAGCGAAGGGAAACCCUUUGGGUGGUCCUUUCCCAGAGCAAGAUUGCAUCAGUCUCCCUUCUUAUGACCUUGAUCGGGAAUGUUUAUUUUCAACAGUCCUUUUUUUGCCCCGGCUUAAAGCAUUUUAAACGGCUUUUGCAAAAUCACAGGUGAGCACGUAUGUGCAACCAAAAGCCCACAUUCUGACAUAAAUGUUUUUUUUCAAAGUUUUUUGGAUGGUGUCUACUUACAGUAUGUUGCAUCCUUAAUGGAGUUGAGUGGAAAUAUUUUUUCUCUUGUGUUUUUGGCUUCCCUCAUAAUAAGAAAAUUCCAGGCUUUAAAAAACCAAUCUUAAUAGUGUGAGGAGAAAACCCUCGUAAACAUAUUUUUGAAUAAAAUAUGUUGAAUCAUUUACAAAUUUCCUAAGAAUUUGUUCUCAAUCAUUCCUCUAACUGUUAGUAAAAUACCCAAAUAGAAGACAACUUUUAAAACCAAAAUCCAAAGUAUUAACUAGACAGCUUUUCCAGCCAGGAAUAAUUUUUAUUUUUUUCUUCAACAAUGAUACUCAUUGUUCUGAAAACUUUUAAUAAAGUUAAUCAAUCAGUCUGUAGCAUGGGUGUUGCCAUGCUAUCUGGUCUGAGGCAAAACAAAUACUAAACAUCAGAACAAUUCUUCAUUUCCCUCUUUCUGGUUGCUUUGUCCUUGUAAGAUUUGGUGGUUACCUGGUGACAAACUGGCUGGAUAAUGGGACUUUUGCCUGUGCCUUCAUGUCACACCCUGCAAUGUAGUGGGUGGGAAGCUGUCUCAAAGCAUGUGAGCUGCCUACCUAGAUGACUUAAGCAAAAAAGCAAAUAAACCUGAGUGAAUCUGGCUGCUAAAUCCCAGAUAAAGACCUGGCAGCCCUAUGGAAUAGCAAGUUUUAAAUUUUUGAUCAGUGAGAGAUUAUAUUCUGUGGUCUUCAAGUUCAAUGAGUGUGUCAGGUUGGGGACAUCUGAGAUGGAAAAGGGAGGCAAGAAAAUACUCUUUUACAUAAUUUCUUUGGAUUACAUGCAGAAUACUAGAAAAACUAAAUAACAAUUUCAGGCCAAGAAACAGACUUCAAAUGCUGACUGUCACGAACUGGGUGAGUGUUUGCUGCUUCCACAGGCCCUGGUCUUGUGACAAAGCUCUAAUUGGACUUCAGCAAUUUCUUCAUUUGUGGUUUCUUGUUCAAGUGCAAUUUGGCCCUGGUAUGCAGAUAGGGCAGGAAUGGGGAAGGCAAAAUGACAAGGCAAAACCUAAAACAGUUGAGGACCCUCUGCUUUCAAUAUUUCUUGAAUAACUCCUGUGCUCAUAUAUUGGUUUUAAGUAAAAAUUUUUAUUUUUAAAGGACCAUUGAGUAGAAAAGUUUUAAUUUUUAACUCGUACAUCUGGCUUAAAUGACAUUAUAUAAUGGUAAAAGUAGGGGUUUUUUUCCUGUUACCAGUGUGAGGUAGUGUCAAAGAGAGUACAGCAGUGACUGUCUGUCUCAUGCAUCUCAUCUCAUCUUUGUAUGCACACAAAAGGCAGGUUCAAAUCCCUGACUCCUAGGGUUUGCACUAAGUAUUUAUACCCGCAAAUUCCAGCUGAUAGAUCACUAAUUUAUCUGUUUUAGAGAGAGUUUUAUAAUUACUCUGUUCAGUCACAAGUGGAGUUUAAGUAGUCUGACAUUUACACUUCUUAUGUAUCAGGGUUUCUCAGGAUACUUUGCCAACUAUGCUGUAUUGAAGGUGGAAACAAAGUGUAGACAAAUGGAGACAGUGACUGAGACAUUAAAGUUCAUUUUUAAAAAUUACAUUCAGUUUUUGAUGGCAGCAUUAGGCAUCUACAGUGAGUUGUAGGCACUUUUAGGACCCACAGCUGUCUUUGCUUCAGUGUGUAUGUUUGUGCUCAUGCUAAUUCUCUAGAGGCAAAAAAUUGUGGUCUGUAGUUGCCACAGCAACAAUAACACUGCACUCAGAAUAUGGGUGGGUUUUCCCUUCUCUGUACAAGUAUGUUGAAAGUGUAGGCAUAUUGCUGUGAGACACUGUGAAAUAUGAUAGACUCUUGGGAGAGAAAACACUUGCUUGUUUUCUGUUCAAAGAAUAUAAUUCUAAUUUUGUGUUACCUUUAUUGCCACUUCUCUGAUAGAGUGUUAUUUCCCAAUUUACAAACCUAACAUUGCAGAGAGAAAUAUGGGCUCAGCAGUUUGGAAAAAGAAAGUUUCAGAGGUAUUCUGCUGAUGCUAAUCAGUAAAUAAGAUGAGGAUUAGAACAAAGAAUGCUCAGGGCAGACUGGCAUAACUAUAUUUCUGUUCCGUUGUGGUCAGUUUUGUCAAUGAAAAGAUGAUUGCAGCUGUUCUUUGCCAUGAACCAGGAUGAAAACUGGAACUGGAUAAAAGAGAAAAAAAUACAGGGUAAGCUUAUUUUCUUAAACCUGUGAAAGCAAAGUGAAGGAAUGGAGAGGUUUGCUUUAGAAAUGUGACUUUUAAGAGGGAUCAUGGUGUAAGUGUUUGUGAGCAGCAUGAAAGAAAUCGAUCUAGGCCUUAGAGUAAUAGAAUAUGGUGAAGGAUCAUUUAGCUUCAACCCUUAUGCCAGGGAACUUCCACUAGGCCAUGUUACUUAAAGCCCCAGGUGGCCUUGAACACCUCCAGGGAUGGGGAGUUCACAACCUUUCUGGUCAAGUGAAGAAGGGACUUAUUCCUUUCUGUCUCCCAGUGUUUCUUCACAUUCAGAGAAACAUAUGAUAGGCUGCAGAUUCAACAGUAAUUAAAGUUAGGGUGUUUGUCAUGUAGUCCAGACCUGGCUGUGAAACCCUUUCAACAGGAGGCUGUGAAGGCCAAGAACUUGGCCAGAGCCAGAGUUUGGAUGUUUAUAUGACAGACAUGUGUUUCUAGGGUAAACGUAGCUUAAAAGAAAAACCUUUUGGAAGUACCUGUUCUUUUGCUGGCUCCUUUCAGGUCUUGUUACCUCUGCAGGCACUGGUUUCUGUCAGCCCUGCCUCUGGUGUUGCUGAUGCCUUUAGGAUCCCAAAUCACUGCUGACAGUCCAAAGCAUGGCUACUUCCAUUAUGGGUGGGUGGCUCUGCUAGAGUCAUCAUCCCCUCCCAGACCUUGACUCAUGCUUGAUUUAUUAUUUGAGUGUCUUCACAUGGUGAUAAUAUAGCAGGAAGCACCAGAUCUCUGUAGGGAAGAUUAGCCAACACCCAGGAGAGGUCACUUCUCUCACAUCCCACUUUCAGGCAGCCCCAGCUGCAGCUGUCCUUCUGUUUAUUAGUUUAUAUAAAAAGUAACUGGCUCCUUAUAUGAUUUGAAAUGUAUUCCCCUGUUGGGUUAUCCUCUUACUUUUCUGUUCUGAUUUUUAACUGCUGGGGGAUUUUUGUCCAUAUGGUGAGCACUUCCCCUCUGUUCAGUUCAUGCUGCAUAUCUUUAAUGCUGUAUUUGAUAGUUUCGUGAUCUGCAUAUAUUCUUUGAAUAGAUUAUGCCAGCAGGUGUCUGGUGAAGUCUGCCUUCAUCCUUUGAUAGGGUUCUGACAUCCUGAUCUGUAGUCUAUUAUCUAUCUGUUUAUCAGUCAUACAUUUUUAUGUGCACCAUUACCUCAGUUGCCUAGGAGUCUCAGUCUCUUGUUUAUUUUUUUGCCUAGAUAGCGUUAAGUUAGUGUUUAAAUGAUUGUCAGGAGAAAAUAGAUUCUGUAUCUGCCUUCUCUCUUUCCUUUUCCUGUGGCACUUCAGUUUUUGAGCAUAGUCACUAAUAAGGAUGAUGUACCUGCCCAGUUUUAGAAGACCCUAAAUGGCAAGUGUGCCUCUUUGCUGUGUCUAGGAUCAUGCUUUUGCAAUGGCUUGGAGAAAUUCUGUCUACGAGACGUUGGCCUCAUUUAUUUGCUGACAGGUCGAACUAGUGGCUCGUGGCCUGGAAAAGCCUCAGGCGGUCUUUGGGGACCCAGGUCGGUGGUCAGCUCCUAAGUCUCCUCCCCCUCGUCCCAUAUAAACUCCGUGCUGCUCAUUGCUCGGGUGCCUCCCAGCAUCAGAGAAACUGAAACACUCCCCAAAUCUGAAUCUGCACCUUAAUGCUACAGCAACAGUGGGAAGAAUACCAUGUGUGUUUUGAGAUAGUGAAGUUUGCUAAAAAUCAGACCUGAAAUGCUUUCUCAAAGUGCCUCUGAGAUAUCCAGAUGUUAGUGGUAUAAAACCUUGCGAUAGAGAGGUGGAAAUACAUUUUGUAAGCCAGCCGGGCAGAUCAUGCAAUGUCCUAGUUCUUUCAAAGCAUGGUUUUUAAGGCUUUAUGUGUAAAGCGCUUGCUUGAAAGGGAAAUUAUAAUUGUUUAUGCAACUUAAAGGAUUGUUGAAUUUCUUUUCCCUGGCUAUGUUCAAAUUCUUACAGUAUUUUGAGAAGAAUUCACUUGGAGUUUUUGGAAUUUUGUUGUUGUACUUUGUUUCUUGGAUAAUAAGUUGCCUGUCACUGCACAGUAGGAUCAUCACUGCAAUAAUUUUAAAAUGUAAGGUCAUUCUUCUCUUUUUUUCCUAACUGUUGAAGAGGAAAAAGUGAGACUUAUUCACGUUGCCUAAGAAAAGCAAGUUAAGUUUCUGCUAUUGCUGACUCAUAAGCAUGGUAAGAAUACAAAAAUACCAUGAUUAAGCAAAGAUCAAUUUUGUAGCCUGUCAACUGUUUGCACUUUUGGCUGCAUUUUGGUUUCGUAUUUACUUGAGUCCCAGUCAUGCCAGCUCUGCUGUUCGCCACGCAUUUGCCACCCUCUUUGGAAUAUACUUUGCUGUCUUCUGCUUUGGGUGGUAUUCCAUUCAUCUUUUUGUCCUGGUGAUGAUGAACUAUGGCAUUAUGAAUAUGGCGAGUAUUCCCAACAUUCACAGGUACUCCUUUGUCGUAGCUAUGGGAUACCUCACUUUGUGCCACAUCAGCCGAAUAUACAUAUUUCAUUAUGGUAUUCUCACUACAGAUUUUUCCGGAGGAUUAUGCUGUCCGCUGAUGAUAAUUACACAGAAGAUCACAACACUUGCAUGCCAGCUACAUGAUGGAAUAGGGCGACAAGCUGAGGAACUCACUGCUGAGCAAAAUCGGCUUGCUGUAAAGUCAAGACCUUCUUUACUGGAGUAUUUAAGUUAUCUCCUCAAUUUUAUGAGCAUCAUUGCAGGGCCUUGCAGCAAUUACAAGGACUAUAUUGCCUUCAUUGAAGGGAGGCAUGUGCACAUGAAACUGUUAGAAGUGAACUGGAAGCAGAAGGGUUAUGACAGACUUCCUGAUCCUUCUCCAACUGGAGCAGUGAUGUACAAGCUGUGUAUCACACUAGUAUCUCUCAUUUUAUUCUUGACACUUACCAAGAACUUUCCUAUGGCAUAUAUUAUUGAUAACGAAUUUCUUGAUAAAACUCCCUUCUUGUCAAGACUUGGUUACCUGUAUGUUGUAACACAGGCAGCAAAACCAAAGUAUUAUUUUGCAUGGACGUUGGUGUUGGCUGCAACUAGUGAUCCGGAGACAGUAAUGAAUUCUCCCUUCUGUUUUCUUAGUACUCCAACAGAUGCAGUCAACAAUGCAGCUGGUUAUGGAUUCAGUGGAGUUGAUGAGAGAGGCACUUUCCGCUGGGACCUGUUGUCCAAUUUGAAUAUCUGGAACAUUGAGACUGCAACAAGUUUUAAAAUGUACAUUGAAAACUGGAACAUUCAGACAGCUGCCUGGCUGAAACGUGUCUGCUAUGACAGAGCUCCCUGGUACCCUACAGCUUUAACAUUUAUCCUGUCGGCCCUGUGGCAUGGUAUCUAUCCUGGAUAUUAUUUUACGUUUCUCACUGGAAUCCUUAUCACACUCGCAGCCAGAGCAAUAAGAAACAACUGCAGACAUUACUUUCUCUCGUCAGUGCCUCUUAAGAUAGCCUACGACGUAGUUACCUGGGCAGUCACUCAGCUGGCUGUGUGCUACACUGUCGCACCAUUCGUCAUGCUGGCUGUGGAGCCCACCAUAAAGUUUUACAAGUCUGUGUAUUUUCACAUGCACAUUCUAAGCAUCCUGGUGUUGGUCCUGUUACCAAUCAGACCUCAAACCCACUCUGUAAGAAGGGCUCAGAAUCAGGCCAUGCUGAACUCUAUUAAAAGCAAAAACAAGUGAUGCCUCCAAAGAAAACUGCCAGCAUUGGGAAAUCAAACUGUUGUAUUGUAAACAAAAAAAUAAGAAGAAAAACGGGUUGCAGGAGGAUCGAAGUACAAGACAACUGGCAUUUCUCUUGGCUAUCUUAAAAUCUUACUGGAGAGGGCAGAGAAGAGCCUGAAUAACUAUAAUUCAAAUUGUUCCAGUUAAUGGAGAUUUUACAGGCAACGUUUACAGGCUCAUGGGGCAUUUCAUUUUUAUAAUAAAUAUUUUUAUGAAGUGUUUUUAUAUAUUUAAACUUUUUCACAGAGAGGCAUUUUUUCUCUUUUACAGAAAUACGCAACUAUUAAUCAACAAAUAAUCUUGUGAUUAGAGAGAGGGACAGAAAGCAGCUAGUAAAAGUUAGACCAGCUGCCUGAUAGCCUGGUGCUGUGGGCAGCUGUCAGGGGAAACUUUUCAUCUCUUGGUUGUGGAGAGAGAUGGUGCAAGUAGAAGACUUACAGGCAAGGGGUUGCUCAAGGUGCUGGCACUGACUUGUGCCCCAGCAGGGGAAAGGGGGAGUGGGGCUUUCCCCGGCAAACCCCGGAGCAGGGACUGCAGCCUGAGCUGGGCAGCAAAGGUACUUCACAUCCUUCAAUGUGACACCUGCUGGUGAUGAGGGCAAGACAAGUCCCUUGGGAUUCGGUGUCUGGGAGCAGUGAUAACCGGCUAAGCCAAAAUUUAAAGCCAAGUAAAAAAAAAAAAAAACCAAAAGGCAGAAGGGGGAACUCAAAUCUAGAGUAAAAGAAAGGACAUACAGCCUGUGGUCUGUAGAGUUGUGCUUCUCUAAUGACACAGCUGGUGCUCAUUGCUACAUCAGCCUUACUUUGUAGUCUUAGUGAUGCAGCACUUCCUUUUUGGUUCAAAGUGAGUGAGGAGCCAUACAGGGUUAGUGUUUUAAAACCUGGAGUUAUGGGUUAAAUCUGAAAAAGCUUUUUAGUGGAUCUGACUGUUCUACUCAAAAACAUCCCAUCUUAAGGAGGGGUUACAUUCCAGCAGAUAACACUAAUAGAAAACCUGAACAGUAAUUAUCAUUGUCAUAAUAAAUCACUCUACAAAAUAUUGUGAUCACCACAAGAAUCGAGACUAAGUCCUUGUGUGAUCUUACAUCUGACUUAAAUGUUGAUGCAAGUUUCCCUGCUUGUAAAGUCCUUGACUUACAGGGAUGUUUUGAGGCUUGAUUCCUAAGCGCUUCUUGUGCAUCGAGAUAACCUGCUGCAAAAUGCCGUGUCAGGGUUUUUUUAAAUUUUUUUUCUUAAAUCCACUUAACCCAGUAAAAUAGACUGGUACCACACAUCAAAACCAAUUGAAGCAUUUUAAAAUAUUUUCCAGCAAUGUUUUUAUCAGGACUUUGUAGAAGCAGUUCCCUUGUUAAAAUAUUGGUAUUACAUUAUCGACAUUUAGCUAAUGUGUGAUUGAGGAAAGAAUCUGCUGUUUACUGCAUUCUGACUUUUGUGUCAGAUUAAAGUUUUGUAGAAUCCUCAUGUUUUGAGAAGAAACAAAUCAGUGAAACCAACAAAGUUCCAAAAAAAGUGAUUUUUUUUUUCAUUGAUGGGAAUUUUUUGUCCAGUGACCACAUUAUGAUUUAGAGCAUAGUUCAUGGAAGAGUUUAUUUGCUAAUUUAUUUUAAAGGGCAAGAUGGGAUUAAAAGAUUGAUCUGAAUAAACAAUUUGUUUUGU